ACGCUCCGAAGUAUUCACGUGUCAAAGCGCACACGUCGAUGCACUCGGUGGAGUAAAGUGUUCUGUCACACUUGUUCAUUACUCUAAAGACUACAUAUUGAAGUGGACGUACAGUGAUUGAACAGUGUUAUAUUCAUAAUUCUUUUGUUUCAAGUUUUAUUAAAAUACGUGCAAUAGCAGAAAAACAGAGUAGAAAUGGCACCAAAACAAAGAAUGCGCAUCGCUAAUGAAAGAGCCACCAAAAACAUUACACUUCGUGGAAAUGUUCCAAAAUCAUCGAAACCACAAGAUGAUGGAUCUCCAAUUGGACCCUGCUUGCUAGCACUUUUCCUAUUUGUUGUAUGUGGUUCUGCUGUAUUCCAAAUCAUUCAGAGUAUUAGAAUGGCAUAAGGAAAUUCCAAACAUGAAGUCAAAAAAUGUUGCUGUUACUGUUAAUACAAGAAAAUGUCUAUACUUUAUUGGUAUACAAACGAGAUUAACAGACUGUUUAAUUGCAUAAAAAUGUAGGCAUUGUAAGGUCUAUAACACAAAGCUGAAUUCAAAUUCUCAUUGAAUAUCUUUUCCUUUUGCUACAACUUGAAAGAAUUAUUUAUAAAGAUUUAGCAUUUAUAAACAUUUCACUUAAUCGCAGUAUAUAUCGAUGAAAGAUAAUUGCAUUUAAUGUAUUUUAUUUAGAAUCUGUAAAAAAAUGAUUAGAUGUUACAUAUUACUUCGUUUUAAAUCUUCGUUGUGUUGCUCCCUGUAACAACGAUUUUUACUUCCAAUUACGUAAGGUAGAAUUCCUUCAUCGAUAUAUACUUAGUAAAUAAUUGUAUAUAUACAUAAUCAAUUUAUUGUAACAAUUCAUUAAUCAAAGCAUUCCACUGUAAGCAGUUGGUAGCUUUCGGUUGUCUAUAUAUUUUAGAGGCCUUAAGGACAUAAGUCAUUACAUAUGUAAAAAAGAAUAUAUAUAUUAUCAUUGUAAUUUAUCCUAAUGAAAUAUUUGCUACAGACAAUUCUUUGUCUCUUUUAAUAAAUUAUGUCAUAAAUAAA